CUUGUAGAGCUGUAUGAUAAGGAUGGCAAGUUGGCAGUCGAAGAUACCAACGAGAAGUGGCGUUUAAAGCAAUAUCUACACUUCCAAAUGUCUGGACAGGGCCCAUACUUUGGUCAAGCCGUGUGGUUCCAUCGCUGUCCCGAUGACAUUCCGAUCGGAAAACAGCGGUACCUUGAGCAAACCGUCCGAGUGUUUGAAGUGCUAGACAAUAUCCUCAAGGGGAAAGAUUAUCUUACAGGGAAUAAAUGCACGUAUGCCGAUCUAUCCUUUGUCCCAUGGAACAGAGUUGCCUUACUUGCUCCAUUUUUCAGCAGCAUUCUGUGGGAUAAAUACGACAUUAAGCAAAAGUACCCUAACUUCUUGGCGUGGCAUGAGCGAUUAAACUCUCGACCUGCUGUAAAGAAAGUGUACGCAGAAGUUUAA